AUGCUGUAUCUUUACUACAGGACGUCGAGGACGACUACGAAAAGCCAGUCGUUUAGUUUUAUGGAGUUUACUGAAAUUUAUAAAAUGUGCUUGUUCCCGUUUGUUUCUACUGAUGCUUCAGAUAUGAAAGAUUUGGAGAAAAAAUUGAGAGACGCUAUCAUCAAUGGACAGUCGAGGACUAAGCGUCCUUACAGCAAAAUUAUUAUUUUCGUCGAAGGAGUAUACAGUAUGGAAGGAACGAUUUUGAAACUGCCUGAAAUUAUUGCUCUGAAGAAAAAGUACAAGUCUUAUUUGUAUUUGGACGAAGCUCAUAGCAUAGUCGGUAAGCAUGGGCGUGGUGUGUGCGAUUAUUGGGGUUGUGACCCUAACGAUGUGGACAUUUUGAUGGGUACUUUCACCAAAAGUUUCGCUUCCGUUGGUGGAUAUAUUGCUGGACGCAAAAAGAUCAUUGACUAUCUUCGACUGAACAGUCACAGUGCUUGCUAUGCUCCGUCGAUGUCCCCUGUUGUAUGUCAGCAAAUUAUUUCAGUUAUGAAUACAAUUAUGGGUCGUGACGGAACAUCUGAAGGCGUUGACCGCAUUCUACGGUUGUCUCGCAAUACCCGCUACUUUCGCUCGCGUUUAAAGCAACUUGGAUUCAUUAUUGGUGGAGAGAUGAAUUCUCCAGUGGUUCCACUCAUGAUCUACUUGCCGUCGAAGUUCACCAUGUUUUCCAGAGAACUGCUGAAGCGUAACAUCGGUGUCGUUGUCGUUGGAUUUCCUGCAACGCCGAUUCUUUUGGGAAGAGCUCGGUUUUGCUUAAGCUCAAGUCACUCGAAGGAAGAUCUUGACAAGGUAUGACG